AUGCCGUCCGCCGCCCUCUUCGGUGCCACCGGUGCAACGGGUAAACAUAUUUUGAAGGAACUUCUCUCGAACAAGGAAAUCACCAAAGUGGGCGAGUAUGGUCGACGGGUGACGGCAUUGGACUCGUUGAAAGAUGUUGACACGUCCAAACUCCACCAAAAGGUUGUGGAUUUUGAGAAGAUAGAAGAAGAUCAGGAUCUGAAGCAAGGCUGGGAUAUCGUCUAUAUUGCGUACGUCCUUGUGCCCCUUGCUAAACAUGCCACCAACCUCUUUGGUAGCCUGGGCACGACGCGCGCUGCAGCCGGAAGCGCAGCUGCAUUCGAGAAGAUUGACAGAGAACAUGUUCUCGCUGCUGCACGUGCAACCAAGACGACUGGCACGCAACGUCUCGUGUACAUUUCGUCUGUUGGAGCCAACCGAAAUUCAAUGUUCCUUUAUUCAAGGAGCAAAGGCUUGACCGAGGAUGGUCUUUCGGCCCUCGGAUACAGUGACACCAUUAUAUUCCGCCCUGGGUUUCUCAAGGGUCGCGACACCAAGCAAGCCUUUAUGGCAAAUGCACUCGAUGGCUUUAUGAGCAUUCUUCCGGGUUACAAGAACCAUAUGCAGAUCCAUGUCGCCGACCUGGGCAAAGCAGUCGUGACUGCUGGGCUGCUGGGAACCGCCGGCCUCCCCAAGGCGGCACAAGCGACUGAACAACCCGCAAAUGGACACAAGUUUACAUUGAUUGGCAACGUUGGUGCACUUGGUCUGGCAAGCCUAUCCUCCGCGUAG